AUGGGCAAGAGCCGGAUGAAACGCUUCAAGCGACCUCACUUCUCCCCGACCGGCGACUGUCAGGCUGAGACCCCGCUGGAGAAUGGGACUGCGGGAGAAGAUGACGAUGGGCCGGCGGCGGAGCUGCUGGGAAAGCUCCAGCAUCCGAGCGCCGAGGUUCGCGAGUGCGCCUGCGCGGGACUGGCGCGCCUGGUGCAGCAGCGGCAGGUCUUGCCCUGGGUGCUUCACCGGGAUGCGGUGCGCCAGCUCGGGCCGCUGCUGUUGGACCCCAGCCUGGCAGUGAGGGAGACAGCGGCCGGCGCGCUCAGAAACCUCAGUGCCUGUGGUGGUUUUGAUGUCUGUGAUGACAUGGUGACUAAGGACGUCAUGACCCCGCUGGUUGCCUUGCUCAAAGAGUGUAGUGCUGGCCUGGAUGGACACGAGGUAUCUCCACAAGAUAAAAAAGAUCAGAACGAAAAUCCCAUUGAGAACAUAGCCAAUGAGGCUGUGAACAUUCUGUGGAAUAUAUGUGAAUGCAGUAGUAGAGCAGUGUCUAUAUUCAACAAAGAAGGGUGUUUGGAGAUUAUAUUAAAGUGUUUAAGUAGGUUUGCCACCAAUGGUGACCUGGCUAUUUCAGUAGCAUAUUGUUUGCAAACUGUGACUGAGGAUAAUCCAGAGUUACUGAAAUCUUUCAGUGCCGCAGGAUUGAGUGUACUGGAGUCAGUAAUGCUGUCACCUGUCAAUUCAAUGGAGUACUUCCUAUUAAAGACAUUGGUAGCAGGCACAGUUUGGAAUUUGAAGGACGUCUUACCAUCCAGGAGUCAGGCGGAAGUAAUAAAUGCUGUCCUAAAGAUCCUGUCUGAAGUUUUAGACGUGGAUGCUGGCGAAGCAGUUAUUCAUAUGAAGGCUGCCGAAGUGCAGAGGCUGAAAACUGUUGCCGAGACUGAGGAAAUGUUAGAGAAGGCGUGUGGUGACGCUGUCGCUGAAGAUGACGAAAUGGAAGAAAUGCCGCAGAAAACAAAAGCCAGAAGAAAGACUUUUGUUUCAGAUUUACUUCCACCCACUGACAAGGAACUGAGACAGACCACAGCACUCUUGUCAGCGCAGCAGACAGCUCUGGAAAUCCUUGUCAACAUGUGCUGCAGUGAAGAUCCUUCUGAUGACGAAUGGGAGGAGCUGUCCAGCAGUGAUGAGAACGAGGCAUUUAUGGAGACUUCUUUAAGUGAAUGUGCCGGCCAGCUCCUGUCUCCCCUCUGCCUCUCCCAUGAAAUUCACACGGCGCUCACCACUUAUCUCAUCCCGAAGAAGGUUGUUGAGAAAACUGCCUUUCCAAACAGCAUUGCUGUUGAUAUAUGUUCUAAGACCCCCACUUGGAAGCCUUUAAUUAGAAAAUUGAACACUAUACAGUGUAGAGCCCUCGUGUGUUUACAGAGCCUUGUGUCCGCCCUGGAUGUGGACCAUCUGGGAGAAGCUCCAGCCAUUCAGACACUUGCACAACAUCUGUCCCAACUUCUGUUUUCUCAGCCAGAUUUUGCUAAACAAACUGACUUUCUAGAAGCUGCAAGUAGUGCCUUAAGGGCUGUUUUGCAAGCAAUGGCCUCCAAGAACAUUUCUCAGUGCUUGACUCCUGAUCAACUGAUGACAUUAUGCAAAGCAGGCAUCUGCAGUAGUAACACUGGCGUUAGAGUAAAUGUUGUCAGUAUUUUAGGAAUCACCGGCAGUGUCCUAGCCAAAGAAGACGGUACUCUUGAAACCUUGAAGACCAUUGGGUGCUUUCUGCUUGAGGUUGCCACCAAAGAUCCCUCCCUUGUAGUAGCAGGAGAAGCUCUGGAUGCCCUCUUUGAUGUUUUUGCCGAUGGUAAAGAAGCUGAAAGAGCUUCUGUUCAGAUUAAAUUGUUACUUGCUCUGAAAGAAUUCCAGCCAGUCUUCAAAAUGAAGAUUCGAAAAGAAGGGAGAGGUAAAUACAGUCCGGAGCAGCUGUGUGUUCUUGACAAUGUCAAAAUUAAUCUGAAAAGGUUUAUCACUUACCAAGAAACUGUUGAGAAGAGAUUGACUUCUUGA